AUGAACAUCUUCCGGCCUUGUCAGGGAAGUUCUUUUGCUUGGUCGAGUAUAAACAAAGCAGCCAGCCUCUUGAAAAAAGGGUGUGCUUGGAACAUUCACAAUGGGAAAAGCACUAAUUUUUGGCUGGAUAAUUGGAUUCUGCAGGAACCACUCAUUGAGGCUGCAAGUCAACCAAUUCCUGAGGAGGAGCGAGUUCAGACGGUGGCCUCCUAUAUGGAUGUGAACGGUCGGUGGGAUAUCACUCACCUCUCCCAAUGGCUCUCGACGGAUAUUAUUCAGAAGAUCACUGCUGUGAUGGUUGAUCCUCUUUCUCCGGAUGCGGACCAAAUCUUCUGGAAGGCCUCGGCGAAUGGUCGCUUGACAACUAAGACUACUUACCAGCUGAGUCAGCCUGGGCGAGUAGAGCCGAAUGACCGGAUCUGGAAGGCCAUUUGGAAGCUCCCAACUCCAGAAUGGGUCAGAUGUUUUGCCUGGCUAGUUUUUCUUGGUCGGAUUGCUACCAAUGUGCUUCGGUUUUGCAGGAAAUGCAGUGACUCGCCGGAUUGCGACAGGUGUGAGGACACUCCCGAAACGGUCCCGACUGACUGA